GGCGCUUUAUUUACAAAUGGCUGCGGCCAUGGGGGAAAUGGCAGUUAGGAGGAACACACGGGUUGAAUUAAUCGCGGCACGGUUAGGACCAAAUGAUCACCCACUGCAUUUAUUUGUGUCGAGGGAAGAUGCAAAUGAUCUCCAUAUCGCAGAUGACUCAACGUGUGUCAUUGCUGCUCUGAGUGUACGCCACCAGUUAAAAAAUGAAGUUUCUGGCUUGAACUUGAGUCUGUCCAGUGGGUUGGAAUCACCGUCGUCUUCAGUGUCUGGUGAAGUGAAGUUGCCCCCAUAUAGUGACAAUGUCUGUUACAGAUUCAGCUCUGAAAUCCUCACAUACGUAUGGGUUCAUGAUCCUCUACUUCUAGACCUGUCAACACCGCUGUUAGCAGAUGCAGCAGACGACGAGGAAGAACCAAAUCAUGAAAAGCGACCACGAGUCCUUUGUAGUGACGAUUUUCUUGACCAUUACAAGUUAAGUUUGAGUGAUGUGGUGUACUUCAGACAAGUCCAUCUAUUUCCUCUCCGUAAGGUUGUAAUUGCAGUGUCUGACAAAGAAGCCUAUACUUGGCUGCGAAAUAACAAAUUCAGCAAUGGAAUCAUCACUGAAAUCAUACAACAUGAAGUUGUUGCCAAGAAAGAUCAGGACUUCCUUGCUCCUUACCCACCUUUAUUUCUGGAAGACAAUACUUUUCAGUGUUCUUGGUUCAGCACAAUGAAGGUGGUAGAAUGCACUCCACUUCACCAAGGAAUUGUUACUGUCAACACAGAGAUUGUGCUAUUCUUUGAUGAGUUCACAAACCAAACUAUUGUUGACAGGAGAAAGCGUCUGUCGACUGCUACAAUUGAACACUUAAUUUCAAAGCCGGACAAUUUUUAUGUUUCGGAUUUCUGUAGAUCUAUCAGUACAGUUAGCAAUCAAACAGAUAGAAGUCGUCAUACAUCAGGCAGUGCAUCUAGCCUUGAGUCCAGUUUAGUUCUGAUAACAUUUAAUUCAUUUGUUGUUGAACAAGACCGACAGUGGAGAAAGAUUCUUGGGAAAGAUUUGGAGAGAACUUCUGAUCCUCAUAAUUUCAUUGGCAUACCAAAAAAGCUGAUGCUGCAGCAUGGGUUGUUCGAAGGCAGUAUUUUGAAAGUGUCUUUAUCUGAUUCUGUCAACAGUGAGACUGAAGAGCCUAUGAGUCUGGUUGGGAGUUAUGGUCGCCAUGGAAAUGAUCCAGUGACUUCUCCAGUUCUAGAAUCACGUAAAUUGCCAAAGCAGAAAGCUGUAACUGUCAAAUGUCUUGCAAGACAUCUAAGUGGAUCAGAAAAAGUUUUCAUUUCUGCUUUGUUAUGGUUCAAUCUUCAUUCGGCACCUCCCCUCACUGAGGAUCCUGUUCUGGUUUGUGAGAAAUUAUCUGAUGAAUCAAUUGAGAGUGAUGUUGACGAGGGCAGCCAUUCCCUAAGCUCCUCUCUGGACACCAGUCUCCCUGUGGCCUCUGAGAUCCACAUCUCCAUCAUCAACUCGCCCAACUACAGUCCACGCAUGAACUACACCGAGGCCCUCAAGAAGUACUUCCAGGUGGCCAGAAUUGCAAGUCAUGGAGAUGUUUUUGCAAUCAAGAGUGCAGAUGAUCCUCAGUUCUGGCAGACAUCCAGUCUGGACACUGGUAUCAGGUUCCCGGUGAUGUUCUUCAAAGUGACCCGGGUGGAGCCAUGCCGUCCUGACCUGGUGGCCUGCAUGGUCGACUCAUUCAACACCAGACUGCUUCAGGUAGGGUCCGUCCACAGCUAUGUACCACAGAUUGCCUACCAGUACUUUGCUGAGUCAGACCCCAGCUACUGGCAACAGCUGACUUGCCCAGGCCUCAACAGCUACAUCACCAAACUGGAGUCCAUAUUGCUGCCGCAUCUCAGCAAGAGAUUUGACAACACUCGGCUGAAGGAGCUGCCUCCGUCUGUCCUGCUGUCUGGACCAUCGGCUUGUGGUAAAACCACUGUUGUCUGUACUGUUGCCAGGAGACUGUGUUUACAUGUCAAUCAGGUAAACUGUCACCAUCUGUCCGGGGAUGCUGCUGGGGCAACUGAGAGUCGGAUCAAGAAUGCAUUCCUAGCAGCUGCUGUGUAUGCGCCAUGUAUCCUGCUGCUCAAGAAUGUCCAUGUUGUUGGCAAAGAGCGGGACGGAGCAUCGGAGGACCCGCGUGUGAUCAGCAGUUUCCACAACUCUAUCCUGGAGCUGACAGAGCAAGCAUCGGAGUUUCCGCUCAUCGUCAUAGCAACCACUCACAAUGCACAGCAGCUCUCGCAGGACAUGCAGGAAGCGUUUUUACAUGAUAUCAAGAUAGAGACUCCAAAUGAGUUGGAGAGAAGGGAGAUCGUACAUGGCCUGAUGGAAUCAGAGGUGAGGUCUGCAGACAUAUCCCUGCCCAGGAUAGCACAGAGAACAGCUGGUUUUGUGUUGGGGGAUCUUGUUGCACUGGCUAGCCAUGCCAAGAGACAGGCCUAUGUGAAGGCUCUCAAACUGUGUGCUUCAAUGUCUACUGGUGUGACACUGGAGAUGGAAGAGGACCUGGUGUCAGCUGGGGUGGUCAUUGAACAGGCGGACGUCGACACCGCACUGGACAAACUGCAAGCAGCACAUUCUGACACCAUUGGGGCACCGAAGAUUCCUAAUGUUACAUGGAAGGAUGUUGGAGGUCUAGCAGACGUCAAGUCGGACAUCUUGGAUACAGUACAGUUACCACUGCAACAUCCUGAGCUGCUGGCUGCUGGACUGAAGAGAUCAGGUGUGCUACUUUAUGGGCCUCCAGGGACUGGGAAGACCCUCCUGGCUAAAGCUGUGGCGACGGAGUGUUCUCUAAACUUCCUCAGUGUGAAGGGUCCUGAGUUAAUCAACAUGUACGUGGGUCAGAGUGAAGAGAAUGUCAGAGAGGUUUUCAAGCGAGCUCGAAGUGCCACGCCCUGUGUGAUAUUCUUUGAUGAGCUGGACUCCCUUGCUCCCAACAGAGGUCGGAGUGGGGACUCUGGGGGAGUCAUGGACAGGGUGGUAUCCCAGCUUCUGGCGGAGCUGGAUGGACUUCACAAGUCCUGCGAUGUGUUCGUUAUUGGAGCCACAAACAGACCUGACCUGCUAGACCCUGCCCUGCUCCGACCAGGAAGGUUUGACAAGCUGCUGUACCUGGGUGUUGCUGACACAAGAGAUGCACAGCUGAAGGUGCUUGCAUCCCUCACCAGGAAAUUUCACCUUGACCCUGAUCUGUCUCUCAAGUCGAUUGUGGAGAAGUGCCCCUGGAACAUGACGGGCGCGGACUUCUAUGCUCUGUCAUCAGACGCCAUGUUGUACGCCAUAAAGAGGAAGAUUAUAAAGCUGGAAGCUGGUGAAGAGGUGGACCAGUCAGUUAUUGAGGUGUGUGAGAUUGACUUCCUGGAAGCUCUGAGACAGCUCACUCCGUCUGUGUCCGAGAUGGAACUGGCUCGCUACAAAUAUAUCAGAGAUUCCUUUGAUGGAAAAUAAUCCAUGUGAUUCACACAUUAUCCACGGACUCAAUUAAUUUGAAGUCAUUCAUAUAUUGAGGACUUCUUUAUCUUAUGUAACCUCAACGAAAAAAAAUCACUCAAGGGCUGUGUUUUGAAAUCAAAUAUUCCAGGUCAUCAUGUGAAAAAAUCAGUGGCACUCCUUCAAAAUUAUAAAUGUCUGCAGGUAUGGUUUUUUGUUUCCUUCGCAACUCAAACUGCCAUGCAUAUAUCUAAAUCUAUCUCUUAUAGGCAAGGAUUCAUGGUAAGCCCAGUCGUUUAAGGCGCCGCAAUUCGUUGUGCAGAGUUGCGUCCCUUGGCCACGCCAGAAACCUAUGAUUGUGGGUUCGAAUCCCGGUUCGCCCUGAUUAUGUUUCGAGGUCUGUCAGCACCA